CAUUGUCAGAUUCUCGUGGAAGGCGAACAUAUUCGGGAAUUGGACCUAAAAGCAUUCCGAUCUCAGUUGGGAUGCGUUCAACAAGAACCUAUUUUGUUCGAAGGGACGGUAGAAGAUAACAUACGGCUCGGAAAGCUCGAUGCAACCGAGGAUGAAAUCAUCGAAGCUGCGAAAAUGGCCAAUGCACAUGAUUUUAUCUUACGUCUUCCAGAAGGUUACCAAACAGUACUCGCGGAACGCGGAGGGGGUUUAUCCGGUGGUCAAAAACAACGUAUUGCUAUCGCUCGUGCGUUGAUCCGGAAACCUAAAUUGCUGCUCUUCGAUGAAGCCACAUCUGCGUUAGAUACGCGGUCUGAGCGCAUCGUCCAAGAUGCAUUAGACCAAGCCUCCGCUGGUCGCACAGUCGUCGUUGUGGCUCAUCGACUAACAACUGUCCGGAAUGCCGAUCUCAUCUUGGUUUUGGACAAGGGGGUGAUACGAGAAAAAGGCACGCACGAUCAGUUGGUGGCACAAGGCGGAUUGUAUGCUGCAAUGCUAAGCAAUCAGGUGUGUUUAGAAUAG